AUGAGUUCAGCCAUCAUGAUAGUAGGCAUAUUUACGACCUGGAAUGUCAGUAUCUUAAAGCGUCCGGAGGAUAUCUUCAAACGCCGCCUUGAUAACAAUCCAACCUACCCGUUUGAAGAAGUUGGCCCUGGGAUCUUCCAGCGUGCAAGGAGCAAGGUGCCCACAUUUUGGCUGGGUCUCCUGGGAAUUGUUUUGACUGUUUUACUGGCAUGUACUAUGUACAUGAACGCGCCAAUAGAUCAGUUUAUAGUCUUACAUGUGAUCGGUUUGAUAGGAUCUUUAGCAAUCACAUUUCACUAUCGUGAAGAGAGAACGCUAAUUUUGAAACCCAACGACAAAAUGUAUGAAUUUUUUAAUAAAGAAAAGCUUGUGUAUCGAGGACAUUAUCACAAUGCUUAUAUACGCCUGAAAGGGCAAAGUGGUGGAACAGGUGUUUUAUACCUGCAAGUAGUCAUAGGUGGUUUUCAAAUCGAAGAAGAAUCUUUGACGUCUAACUGUACAAAUGUAGAAAAAUUACGAAAGCUGGCUAGGCGCUUGGCCGCCCGGUUGGAUCUUAACUAUUUUGACUAUACUGACAAAUCUAGACACCACAUUCUUCGACAUCGGUGCCCAUACGCUUCGACUGAAUCUGAAAUAUUGGUAUAGGGCUUUCGUUCUCGCCAAAAUGAAGUGCUGCGCAAGAAGGGGGAAUGGUACGAUUGCUGGGGGUACACGAGCAUGUCUUUGGCUAACAGCAGUUCACAAAGUUAACGAAUUGUCAAUUUUUUUUAUCCCGGUAAUUCUACAACAGUAUAUUCCUUUGUGUUUUCUAUUUGUCUAAACCCUAGCCUUUGAGCAUUAUACCAACAGCAAUCCAUUAACGAAUGAUCGCUUUCUCAUACAGGUAAUUUCAUAAAGAGACACACAGAGAGCGUUAGACCUUUAUACAGCAAAAAUUUACAUCGUAAAUUUCAUCGUUAUUCUCUUAGUCAUUAAUAUAUAGGGUCUAUCAUAUCUAAACCGUUUACAGGAUUACGACCUACUGUAUGAGCUCGUUUUAGAGUCCCUCUCAUAACGGAAAUAGAGACAGGCGUGUUUCACUUGUGACACUGACAGUGAAAAUAGAAAUUUAGAGAUCGAAAAAAUGUUCGUAGAUCGGUUUCUCAACGGAUUUGGAGAGUGUAUACCUUGUUCAUGAUUUUUUUGCGUUCAUGCUAGUGCGUAUUGUAUGCCUAUGUACUUAAUCUCUGCACUGGGAUGGUUUUAACGCAAUCGAAACCACACGAUAUGUUUUCAUGUGAUAUUGGUAUAAAGAAUACAUCGGUUUUUGAAUUAUUG